AUGAAAGUUGGAGAUGAUGAAUACAGAUAUAUAUUAGAAGUUGAUACAGAUUACCCUAAAAAUCUUCAUAAAAUACAUAAUGAAUUUCCUUUUUUACUCCAUAAUUCAUGUCCACCGAAUUCCAAAAUCCCAAAACUUUUAACAACAUUAACUCCCAAACAAAACUACAUUGUACACUAUCGCAAUUUAAAACAGGCCAUCGCUAAGGGUAUUAAUGUCUUAAAAGUUCAUAAGAUCAUCCGUUUCAGACAGUCGAAAUGGAUGGCGCCAUAUGUCGAAUUAUGUACUCGCAUGAGGGUUAAAGCAAAAAAUGAAUUUGAACGAAAUUAUUGGAAGUUAAAAGUGAAUAGUGUUUUUGGUAAAUGUAUGGAUAAUGUCAGAAAGCGAAUUUCUUUACAACUCGUUGAUAAUGAAAAAAAGGCGAACAGAUUAAUGUCGAAACCGAAAUUUAAAGAUAGAACAAUAUAUUCUAAAGAUUUAAUGGCUGUUCAUAUGAAUAACGAAAAAAUAAAAUUCGAUAAACCUAUUUAUGUAGGAUUCACUAUUUUAGAUAUAUCUAAAAUAUGUAUGUAUAAUUUUCAUUACAAUGUCAUGAAGAACACAUACGGUAGUAAAUUGAAUACGAUAUAUUCCGAUACUGAUUCUUUGGUGUGUGAAAUUAGAACAAAUAACUUUUUUGAUGAUUUAAAAUAUAAAUUAUUAACACAAUUAUCCGAAAAAUCAUUAUUGUUUUGAUGACUGUAGGAAAAAUCAACCAGGGUUUUUUAAAGAUGAGAUGAAAAGUGAGAUAUUAACCGAAUUUCUUGCAUUACGUCCUAAACUUUAUACAUACAAGUGCUGUAAAACUGAAUUUAAAAAAGCAAAGGGUGCGAAAAAGUAUGUGAUUGAUAAGCAUAUGCGAUUUGAUGAUUAUAAAAACAUUUUAAAUGCAUACAUAAAUAAUAGUUUAGAUAUAUCUAAUAAAGCUACCCGUAACAUGAAUUUGAUUCAAUCGAAAAAUCAUUUGGUUUAUUCAAAAACAGUCAGCAAACUCGUGCUCAGUGCUAAUGAUGAUAAGAGAGUUAUUAUGAACGAUGGUAUUAAUACGUUAGCGUAUGGUCAUUAUAAAUUAAAACGUUUACAAAAAUAA